CGCCAGCCCGCAGCGCCUCCCCAGCGCCUGCGCUCGCGCGUCUCGCCCCAAGACCAUGGGGAAGCUGGUGGCGCUUACCUUGCUGGGCGCCGGCCUGGCCCUAAUCGGGGAGAGGUUAAUGACGCUCAGAGAAAGAAUUAAUGCAUAUCGAGAAGUGGAGCCAGUAGAACCCCAGAACUGCCACCUUAUUGAGGGACUUGAAAAUGGCUCUGAAGAUAUUGAUAUACUUCCUACUGGGCUGGCUUUUAUCUCCAGUGGAUUAAAAUAUCCAGGCAUGCCAAACUUUGCACCAGAUGAGCCAGGACAAAUCUUCUUGAUGGAUUUAAAUGAGCAAAACCCAAGGGUCCAGGCACUAAACAUCAGUGAUGGUUUUGACAAAGCAUCAUUUAAUCCACAUGGGAUCAGUACUUUCAUCGACAAAGACCAAAUUGUUUAUCUUUAUGUUGUGAAUCAUCCCCACAUGGAGUCCACUGUGGAGAUAUUUAAAUUUGAGGAACAGCAACGUUCUUUGGUACACCUAAAAACUAUAAAACACGAACUUCUCAAAAGUGUGAAUGACAUUGUGGUUCUCGGAGCGGAACAGUUCUAUGCCACGAGAGACCACUAUUUUACCAACUUCUUCUUGGCACUAUUAGAGAUGGUCAUGGAUCUUCGCUGGACUUACAUUCUUUUCUACAGUCCAAGAGAGGUUAAAGUGGUCGCCAAAGGAUUUAGUUCUGCCAAUGGGAUCACCAUGUCACCAGACAAGAAGUAUAUCUAUGUAGCUGAUGUAUUGGAUAAGAACAUUCAUGUAAUGAAAAAACAUGACAACUGGGAUUUAACUCAACUCAAGGUAAUCCAGUUGGGCACCUUAGUGGAUAACUUAACUGUUGAUCCUGACACGGGAGAUAUUUUGGCAGGAUGCCAUCCUAAUGCCAUCAAGCUGCUGAUGUAUAAUACUGAGGAUCCUCCAGGGUCAGAAGUACUUCGCAUCCAGAAUGCUUUGUCUGAGAAGCCCAGGAUAAGCACUGAGUAUGCCAACAAUGGCUCAAUGCUUCAGGGCAGCUCUGUGGCUUCUGUGUACCAGGGGAAGCUUCUCAUAGGCACCGUAUUUCACAAAGCUCUGUACUGUGUGCUCUAGAGUCCAGAUAUUCCAAAAAGUCUACAUGUUUGGUAAAAGUAAACCCUUAAUUAUAUGAUAACUCGAACUAUAAGUAAAUGACAAUAAAAAUAACUAAAUAAUAAAUUUUUAUUGGACACACCAAUAAAAAUGUGUCCGGCUUUUCUCAUGGAUAGAAGAAGCAGAGAGAUUACGUAAUAUUCACCUAACUGCAAGUCAAGAUAGUGACAGUCCAACAAGAGACUAAACCUCUUAAUUCUUUUUAUCUACCACCCCCAAUAUUCUUUCUACAGUAAAAUGAGUGAGCUGUGGUAAGUGAGGUGUCCAGCUCACCUAGGGCUCCUUGGUAACUGUGUGGCAAAAUUAACCUCCUGCAACUGUGAUGUUCUGAGCCUCCUGCAGUCCAGACCAGGAGAAAAGCUAAUGUUCAAAUAUUUACAAUUCCCCCUCUCUUCCCUCAAUUGCACAAGGCACAAGCUGCCAAUCAAGUGCCCAGCCCAUGGAUAAAAGCAAGAGUUGGCAUCAUGUGACUGCCCAAAUUCCUCCUUGAACUUGCAUUCUCCCAAUGUAGACACAGGAAAUCAGAUUCUGGAAAAUCUGACAAAGACAGACCACACUGCCUACUUCAAGGCAGGGCAGAGCUAAUCUGAUCUUUGUAACAGGUCUUUAUUUGUAGUGCUAUCUGUAUCUGAAGCGUUGUAAUCAGCUUGGCUCUGAACCAGGAGAUGGGGCCUCAGGACUGUUAUCCUCAUCUGCUUUAAACAUGCUCUUCUGGUUGAUUCAAUAAACACUUAUUAAGCAACA